AUUUGCCUUUGUCACGUUACAAGUCCAAUGCUCCAUUUUGAUAAUUUUUUUUUUUAUUUCCUGUUUUGAUGAAUUUCCAUGUACAGAGUCAAUCAAAAUCAUUCCAGUUUCAUCCUUUUUGUUGUUUUUCUUUUCUGAUCCCAACACGGUUUUAACUUCAUCCGGACAUUAACUAGUCAACUUGCAGGAAUACAAGAAAUAAGGCUGACUAGUGAAAGUUUACAAUAUUUUUUCAGUUCCUUUCUCAUCACUUUGUCCAAAACCAAACAACGCUCUUGAUUUUGUCCUUGCAUUGAUCUCCAAUAAAGUCAUCAACAGGAAGAAGGUCUUUGUGAUGGUGCUAGGCCUGAAAUCAUCAUCAAAGCAGAAAAGGGGAUCCUUUGUAAAAGCAGAAUACAUAGUCCAGGUGAAGGAAAUCCGGCCAUGGCCGCCAUCUGAGCCCUUCAAAUCCAUCCAAACUAUACUCCUCCACUGGGAAAACGGCAAUGACAACUCAGGGUCAUUCAUCUCUGUAGCCGGCCACUCGAACAUCGUGUUUGAUGAGUCCUUUACACUCUCCACAAACUUUCACCACAACAAAUCGGGCAAAAAGUUGCGGAACAACUACUUGGAGUUCAGGCUCAAGGAGCCUCGUAAGGGACAACUUCUGGGGACAGCUGUCUUCAACCUCACGGAUUAUGCCUUGCUAGAAGAGGAUAUCCUCACUGUGGAUGUGAAUGUCCCUUUCGACUUUAACAACACUCCACACACUCAACCUGCUCUUGCCAUCACUCUACAGCUGCUAGGGAAAGGCAGCUCUUCUUCUACUUCAUCGCCAGGUGUCGGGUUUUUCUCUAAUGAUGAUGAAGAUGAUUCGGAUGACUUGUCUUCAACUCAUUCUUCAUCUUCAGCUUUUGAGCCUUCGAGAGACGACAAGGCAAGCAAAACAGAAAUUAAUAAAAAUAAAUAUGAGGAUGGGAAAUUUGAAAUGCUCCUUGUGUCAACAUUUCUACACAACUUGGCUUUAACAGCGAAAUCCUUUUCUGAGAAUGGAUUGGACAAUCAAAAAGAUGGAAACAAGAGAACACAGAAUAAUGCAUCAUCAGACACUUGGAACAAAGUAAAGGACUACGUAUCACUUUCCAAAUUUUCCGAACGAAGCAUGUCGAUUGUCAAGAAGAACUCAUCCGCCCCAUUGGUUAUAUCUUCUCCCAUAUCAGUCACCUUACCUGACAAUGAGAGGUUCAACAGCCUACUAAUCAACAAAACACAUCAAGAUAACCAACAAACUCAUGUGGAGGACAAAUCAAUUGAUGUCAACUCAAACUCAGAAGACGCUAUCGUUUUGAAUAGGAAAGGACAAGGAAUUCCACCAUCAGGCAGCAACAAAGCCCGGUUAAAGCACAUGAACUCCGUACAAAUACAAAAUGGUUCCCAAAAGAAAGGAGGCAAUAUUAGUCUUCCGGAAGAAUGUAAAGAUUCGAAAAGUGAUGUUUCUGAAUGUGGAAAUGAAUGGAAAAGCAGGGCUGAAAUGCUUGAGGAGGAACUGAGGGAAACAGCAGUAAUCGAGGUGGCUUUAUACUCAGUGGUAGCCGAGCACUCGAGUUCGGUCAACAAGGUUCAUGCUCCGGCUCGAAGGCUGUCGAGAUUUUAUAAGAAUGUUUGCUUGGCUGGGUCUCAAGCUAAACGGGCUAGAGUAGCUAGAGCUGCUUUAUCUGGCCUUGUCCUGGUUUCUAAGGCGUGUGGAAAUGACGUCCCCAGGCUAACCUUCUGGCUAUCGAAUGCAAUAAUGUUGAGGUCGAUUGUUAGCCAGAUUGCUGCAGAUUUGAACGGACAAAGACAGCAACAAUCUAAGCCAAUUCAAGAAUCUGACAACUGUGAAGAUGUCUUGACAAUGAUUAUCGCUCUUGAAAAAAUCGAGUCUUGGCUCUUUACUAGAAUUGUUGAUUCCGUAUGGUGGCAGACGUUCACGCCUCAUAUGCUUCCCACAGUUGAGCAAGGCAGUCAAAGAGAGAGAAUAAUCAGAGGAGCAAAAAAAGCAAUUAAUGGAAGACGAAAUUGUUUGGGUGAUAACGAACAGGGAAGUUUCUCCAUCGAAAUAUGGAAGAAAGCAUUCAAAGAUGCAUGCGAAAGGCUUUGUCCGAUUCGCGCAGUCCAGCAUGAAUGCGGCUGUUUGUCUGCACUUAUCACACUGGUGAUGGAGCAGUUAGUUAACAGGCUUGAUGUGGCAAUGUUCAACGCCAUUCUGCGCGAAUCAGAUGAGGAGAUGCCAAUGGAUCCUGUAUCUGAUCCGAUUACUUACUUGAAAGUACUUCCAGUGCCAGCUGGGAAAUCGAGCUUUGGGGCUGGUGCCCAGUUGAAAAAUGUUAUUAGGAACUGGUCAAGAUGGCUUAGUGAUCUGUUUGGAUUAGAUGACGACAACUUGAGUGAGGAUAAUGUUUCUGUUGGCGACAGCAAGAGAACAAAAUGUUUCAAGGCAUUUCGACUCCUCCAUGCAUUGAGUGAUCUCAUGAUGCUUCCAUUUGAGAUGCUUGCUGAUAUUUCCACCAGAAAAGAGGUUUGCCCGAUAUUUGGUCCGGCUACAAUCAAAAGGGUUCUAACCAAUUUUGUUCCGGAUGAAUUCAGUCCAAAUCCCAUUCCACGGCACAUAACCGACGCGCUUGAUUUAGAGGAGAAUAUAUCAGAAGAGUUGAUCAGCAGCAUCCCAUGCACGGCAGGCAGCACUAAAUACAUACCUCUGCCUGCAGCUGUAGUUAUUAGGUGUGUGGAAAAAAUUGGAAAGCAGAGCAGCCGAUUAUGGUCACACACGAGCGAUGAUGAGGUUGAUGAAGUUGAGUCCCCCUUGACUUCAAUUAUUCCGGAUAGCCACUAUCCCACAUCGGCUUUAGCCAGAAUCAACUUGAUGCCUAAGGAAAAGAUCAUGCGCUAUCAGCUGCUCCGGGAGAUAUGGAGAGAUGAUGAUGAUGAUGAUGAUGAAGAU